AUGGCUACAUUAAUUUUAUUUAUGGUUGAGCAAGAAGGCGUUUGCAUGCACUUUCAGACGGUUACUGCGUUCAGUCACAAGAUUGAAUCUCAUGACGAAAAGGAAAACGCAGUUAUGCAAAAGCAAAAUAGGCUGUCGAUUGAUGCGAGUGAAAAGUUGAUUAUACUUGAAAGAAAGUGUUAUCAUGUCGUGUUCUAUUGUUUCAGAGAUUAUACGGCGUGUUCAAAAUCUACAAACAUAAAUGACCCGAAGUGUUCAAUUCGUGGUAAACCAUUACAUGAUGAGGCCUCAACUACAGUAAAAGGAAGAGGAAUAGAAACAUUGAUAAAAAGAAGUAUAACAAGGAAGGAUGAGAAGCACCUUCAACUUCAAGGUCUUGCUUCAGUUGUGAUUUACGAAAGAUGCAGGAAAAUAUAUUCAAAGGAGAAAAGAUGUGACGAAGAAAAUCCCAACAGGCGUAGAGAGAGGCUCCCGACUUUUGAUUUUAAGAAGAGAUGUGUCAUAUGUGGGGAAGACGCAUCACAGGAACUUGUGGCUAAAGAAAGCAAUAAGCCUCUGAACAGGCGAGUUACCGUGCAGUAUGUGUCAACAAUUCAGUUUAAAAGUUCCCACUUGACUGCAGCUAAAUGGUGGCAGGAUGAAGAGGAAAAUGAAGAGCAAUGCCAAUUCACUUUGUCAGAAAUUUUGGAAGGCUUCGAAGGCUUUGUCCCAACUCAUAAAUCCCUGAUGAAAAAACUGAAAACAAAGUAUGAAGACGACCUUAUUUUCACUAGCGGAAGGGGUAAAAAUAAGCCAACUGUAAUAUGCUUUCGAAAUACAGGUUACAAAAUUUUAACUCAGUCUUGGUAUGACUCCAGGAAUGUCGACGAAAAAGAAAAGCGACUUCGCAUAGUGAAAGCCGCCGCUGCCAUAAUCCGCGAGGAUAUUAGGUCAGUGAUUUAUCCCCUUGAUAGUUACCCCAAAGUAGACGAAUUUUUGAAGGACGUUGAGAAUGACAUUCAAGAAACCCUUAAGGGAGAGAUAGCUUACAUAGUUAUGAAGAUUCCUAUGAAACUGUACCUUAUAGUAUUUGUAUGCGCAACAAUUUUAUUUGUCCAAUACCAUAUUUAUUCUCCUUAUGCCACAAGUGAAUACUCCUAUGACAGAAAAACACCGUGUGAAGCUAUAUUAAACAAAGUAACAACCGAUCUUCCUCCUCUCUAUAUUAUAACUCCAACGUACAGAAGACCAGAACAACUAGCCGAAUUAACUCGAAUGUCUCACACUCUAAUGCUAGUACCAAAUUUAAUAUGGCUCGUGAUUGAAGAUGCUUAUGGCACCAAUAGCCUUGUCGAAGAUAUUCUACGAAGAUCUGGAAUACGAUAUCAUUACAUGAUCGCUCCAAUGCCGGUUCAGUAUAAAAAUAAAACCAAAGGUCCCAGACCACGGGGCGUGUCGAAUAGAAAUAAGGGACUUGAAUGGAUAAGAGAAAACACAUACAAUGGAGUGCUUUAUUUUGCUGACGACGAUAACACCUACGAUCUGGAUUUGUUUAAUGAGAUCCGAUACACAAAAAGUGUCUCAAUGUUUCCUGUGGGACUGAUAACCAAAGCCGGUGUAAGCUCGCCAAUAGUGCGGAACGGCACAUUCAGAGGAUUUUACGAUGGCUGGAUAGGUGGAAGAAAAUUCGCAGUUGAUAUGGCCGGAUUCGCUGUUUCUGUACAAUUUUUGUUAUCCAGACCUCAAGCUUCCAUGCCUUUUAAACCAGGUUUCGAAGAAGAUGGGUUUUUGAAAAGCCUUGCUCCUUUUGAACCGUUCGAAGCGGAAUUAUUGGCUUCCAAAUGUACAAGAAUCUUAGUAUGGCACACUCAAGCAAAGAAAAACGAACCAGCGUGGCCAUUGGAUUACACAAGAUACAACAAUACAAAUUUGAUUGCGCUAAAAAAUAUUUUAGUUUGA